AAGAUGAAAGAAACCGCUGAAAACUAUCUUGGAGAAAAGGUAACUCAAGCAGUUAUUACUGUACCAGCUUAUUUUAAUGAUGCUCAACGUCAAGCAACUAAGGACGCUGGAAAAAUUGCCGGUUUAGAAGUAUUAAGAAUUAUCAAUGAACCAACAGCUGCUGCAUUAGCAUAUGGUUUUGAUAAAGCUGAAAGUAAAAUAAUAGCUGUAUAUGAUUUAGGUGGAGGUACAUUUGACAUAUCAAUUUUAGAGAUUGGUAAUGGGGUAUUUGAGGUCAAAUCUACCAAUGGUAAUACGUUCCUAGGAGGAGAAGAUUUUGAUUCGAGAGUUCUAGAUUACUUGAUUGAUGAAUUUAAAAAAGAAAGUGGUAUCGAUUUACGCAAGGAUUCUUUAGCUUUGCAGCGCUUAAAAGAAGCCGCUGAAAAAGCUAAAAAAGAAUUAUCAACUGUAGCGCAAACUGAUGUUAACUUACCUUAUAUUACUGCUGAUAGUUCUGGACCUAAACAUUUAAACAUAAAAUUUACUAGAGCUAAAUUAGAAUCCUUAGUAGCGGCGCUAAUUGAUGAUACAAUAGAACCGUGCAGGAAAGCAUUGCAAGAUGCUAAGUUAAAAGCUUCUGAUAUUCAGGAAGUGGUCCUAGUUGGUGGGAUGACUAGAAUGCCAAAAGUUAUUGAAAGGGUGAAAGAGUUUUUUGGUCGUGAACCACAUAGAGGAGUCAAUCCAGAUGAAGUUGUUGCCUUAGGAGCUGCUAUCCAAGGUGGAGUGUUAAAUAAAGAAGUAACUGAUAUAUUGUUGUUGGACGUUACUCCUCUAUCUUUAGGUAUUGAAACUCUUGGAGGAGUAUUCACCAGGUUGAUUGAUCGUAAUACUACCAUUCCAACUAAAAAGAGCCAAAUUUUCUCUACAGCUGAGGAUAAUCAACAUGCUGUAACUAUUAGAGUUUUUCAAGGUGAAAGAGACAUGGCCGCUGAUAAUAAGUUACUUGGUCAAUUUAAUCUUGAUGGUAUACCCCCUGCAAGUCGAGGAGGUCCACAAAUUGAAGUAACUUUUGAUAUAGAUGCUAAUGGUAUAGUGAAAGUUACUGCCAAGGAUAAAUCUACUGGUCAGGAACAGAAAAUGACUAUUCAGGCUUCAGGAGGUCUUAGUAAGGAAGAAAUUGAACAAAUGGAAAAAGAAGCAGAAAAAAAUGCUGAAGAGGAUAAAAAACGUCGUGAAUUAAUAGAAGCUAGAAAUCAUGCUGAUAGUUUAAUUUAUUCAACUGAAAAAACUCUGAAAGAACAGGAAGGUAAAAUAUCAGCCAGUGAAAAACAAGAAAUAGAGACUACGAUAACAGAGUUGAAAGCAGCGUUGGAUUCUGGUAAUGUGGAACAGAUUAAAGCAAAAACAGAUGCUUUGAUGGUUAGUAGUAUGAAAUUGGGAGAGAAUAUGUAUAAAGAUGGAGUAUCUGAUAAUAAUACUGAUGAAAAAGCUACAGCUAAUAAUGAUGAAAAAGUAGUUGAUGCUAAU